GCAGCGGAGUAUGUGCAACACUUCCGAGCACCCCACCAAUCCAGCCAGGCCUGCUUGCUGUGUGAUCUCAGCCAGAUUGCUGUCUUGACCAUAUCUCAUCCCAAGUCGGAGUACACGGUUUACCAAUCAUCGGCUCACGAAUUUGUAGCAUGUCAGAUAUCGACCCUACCGCAAACGGGUUCGUCAGGUCUCAUUCGCACAAUGCUCGCAAGACGAACUCGAGGGAAAUACCUAACUGCGCUGAACUACCAUCGAACUCAUUGACGCUCACUCAAACCACCCAACUUGAUGGACUCAUGACUAUCCUGCGUGAUAAAAUGACCCCUCGAUCGGAGUUCAUUUUUACUGCCGAUCGCAUCAUCCGAUUACUCGUAGAGGAAGGUUUAAAUCAUCUGCCUGUAGAGUCUCACAGUGUCGAAACGCCCACUGGUGCUGAAUACAAGGGCGUGAAGUUCUUGGGCAAAAUCUGUGGGGUUUCAAUCAUGAGAGCCGGUGAAAGUAUGGAGGCUGGUCUGAGGGAAUGUUGUAGAUCAGUCCGGAUAGGUAAAAUUUUGAUUCAAAGGGAUGAAGAAACCGCGUUGCCAACGCUUUUUUACGAAAAAUUACCCGACGAUAUUCAAGAUAGAUACGUCUUGCUACUCGAUCCCAUGCUUGCUACAGGUGGGUCCGCGAUCAAGGCGAUUGACGUCUUGAUCGAACAUGGCGUUCCCGAGGAGCGGAUCCUGUUUUUGAACCUGGUUGCUGCCCCAGAAGGAUUAGCAAACAUCUUCUCAAAGCAUCCUUCAGUAAAAGUGGUCAGUGCCUGGGUGGACGAAGGGUUAGAUGAUAAAAAGUAUAUCAUCCCAGGGCUUGGAGAUUUUGGAGAUAGAUAUUUUACAAGCUCGUAAUCCAAACUGAUGUCUUCGACGUCCGAAUAGAAGAACCCAGCGACCAAGAGUAUGAUUUGCUUUUCGAUCUUCCAAAAUGUUUAUGCGACAAACUUGAGAUCCUAUGACAUCUCUUAUGGCAUCUUAUUGAUCUCCUGUACAAGAUGAGAACUCCGGUACUUGUCAAAACACCUCGUACGGGACCCAUCUCAUAGCUCUUGCUUUGAACGCCAAUGGCCAUGUAGCCUGUUUACUUGUAACCUGUAACUCUAUGAAAACAUCCUGGGUUCCCUUCGUCUUGAUAAUUUCAUAUUAUAAAGCUCCACUAAUAUUCCAACUGUAGAAUCUCAUGUUGAUCUCAUAUCAGGAAUUUGACGAUCUGGAUAAGUAUUCUGACAAUGCAGAACUAAGCGUAUAGCACAUG